GUAAAAAGAGAAAGAAAAAUAUAUAAAAAUAAUGUAAAAGAAGAGCUGUGAAUCAAAGAAACAAAGAAAACAAUUCGGAAAAUUUGCUAAUGCACAGUCGAUAGACCCAGAAAAAAAAAUAAAGUGAAAAAACUAAUGAAUAUUAAUAAAUUAAUAUUACUUUAUAUAUAACGUGAAUCAAAGAAUUUUGUAAAGAUUUACUUCCUGAUGAUAUAAAUAUAAUUGAUUAAAACAUGAAAUAGAAAUCUCCGUACGAAGAAAAAAAAAAACGACAACUUGUAAAGAUUAUGGUAUAAUUGUUUUAUAUUUUUAGUUAAAUUACUGUGCAAAGUAUAUUAUAAGAGAAAGAAAAAUACGCUUAAUAAAAAAAAUCACGUUAUAUUGUAAAACAAAAGGAUAUGUACGUCGAGCGUACAUACGCCUGCUGUCAUCGAUCAUCCAACGGGAGUAAUUUUCCGUAUUGUAAGAGUGGAGAGAUCUAAGUUCAAAAGCAUUUUCAACUUCGCGAAAAUUUCACAACGUUUUCUACGCAUACAACGUUUGUUAUUUCUUCCCUCAAUUUCGGGAUUAUUUGCAACAAUUGUUUAUCAAAUCAAAACAAAUAUAUAUAUAUAUUUUUUCUUAAUUAAUUAAAUUAAAUAAAAGACAACGACAAAAUGGAAUACUAUUUGGGAGGUUAUGUUUAUAUGAAUGGCGAUGCAGUGAAAAUACAACCACCUGUUGCCACCACCGUCUAUACGAAUGUUCCUGUUGAUACGGCAAUGCUAGCGACCAAUCUGUAUGGUCCGACAACACAAUUAGCAGCUCCGGCAGCGACCCAUAUCCCCUUGAUAGCGACCGCAGGACCUCAACCGCCACAUCCACAGGCAUUGCAAGUGGCCACAGCACCCGCUCAACAUCAACAACUGAUAACACACACUCACAGUCAUACGGCCGCCGCACCACACACGCAACAACCUACUUUGCAAAGUAUACAGUCAGCAGCAGUGGCUGCAGCCGCUUCCCAAAACACUCAUCAGGUACAAGGUCAUCCUCAGCAGGCUCAUUUGCAGUUUGCUCAUCAAACACAAAUUGCCACCGGUGCCGGUGCUGGCGGUGCAACUGUUACAACCACAACGAUUGAUAACACCGAAUACGCAGUCAUGAAUGGCGCCAUAACUCAAGACGGCACUGUCGUCUGUUAUAGUCAAGAGGAAUUGCCAGUGGGUAUGGGCGGUAUGAGCGGAACGGUAGCGAAUUUGGUUGCUGUUGAGCAAAUGUCUGGUACAGCUGGUACAACAGCCCACAAUCCCCAUGCUCAACACCACGUGAUUAUGACUAAUGGACCGCCGCCAAGUGCGGCCCAACAACAGUCACAGCAACAGCAUGCUAGUGGCGGUAACAACAACAACACCACCAAUAAUAAUAAUCAUAACAGUAGUAACAGUAGCAGUAACAAUAAUAGUUCAACUAACGCUGUUAAUCAUAUGGGCGAUAAUAAUAAUGGUCUAACGCUGGAUCAACUCAAGCAAAUGCUGGCCACACAACUAGAAUAUUACUUUUCUAGAGAGAAUUUAGCAAAUGAUACUUAUCUUCUAUCUCAAAUGGACAGUGAUCAGUAUGUGCCCAUAUGGACAGUGGCCAAUUUUAACCUUGUUAAGAAACUAACAAAGGAUAUAAAACUUAUAACUGAAGUUCUUAGGGAAUCGCCCAAUGUGCAAGUCGAUGAGGAAGGUCUGCGUGUGAGGCCCAAUCAUAAACGUUGCAUAAUAAUAUUACGUGAAAUUCCUGAUAAAACUCCAGUUGAAGAAGUGAAGAAUAUUUUCAACAAUGAAAACUGCCCACGUGCUAUAUCAUGUGAAUUUGCUGGGAAUAAUUCAUGGUACGUUACAUUCGAAUCCGAUGAGGAUGCACAAAAGGCCUUUAAAUAUUUGAGGGAAGAUGUUAAAGAGUUCCAGGGUAAACCUAUAAUGGCUCGUAUGAAAGCUAAGCCAUUUAUAAACAGAAUACCUAUUGCUCCUGUAACGGCUUUGAAGAAUGGUUAUCGUUUGGCUUCACCGUCUGCUGCCGUCUAUGAUCCCAACGCAGCUGCAGCAGCUGCAGUGGCCUAUAGCACACCACCUCAACGUUUUGUUUACACAACAAAUGGUGCUGCAAUGGCACAAGCUCCCGUCCCUUAUAACAAUCAAGUUCAUCUGAUACCAUUCCAACAGCAGCAGUUCUAUCCGGGCAUUGUAGCAACUGCUCCUUGGCCGACAGCAACAGCGGCUGCAGUUGCUGCCGCAGCUACCACAGCUCAUGGACAAAAUUUUUAUGAAAUCGGAAAUGUGUUUGCCGCCAAUGGCCUAGCUCCACAAGCAGUACCUGCCUAUGCUGCAACAGCACCGCCCCCCACUGCUAGUUCACUGUCGGGUAGCACAAAACCGCAAAGCAGUGGUGGCGGCAAUCGGUACGGAAACAGCCACCGUAAUAAUGCUGGGAAUUCGGGAGGUGGUAGCGGUGGUCAUCGUAAACAACCCCGCAAUAACAAUAUUCAACAACUGCAACAAACUCAGCCUCUGUACACUUACACUGGUAGCAAUAUAAUUGUUUCCAGUGUAAGUGUAGGCGGAACAGCCGGCCUUGUUAGUGUGGUACCUGCCGCGAUCGUCGAUUCUCAUCAACAACAGGCUGCGCAGCAGCAUCAAAUGCAACAACCACCAAAUCAACAAACGACUUCAAGUCAACAACAGCAAACCUCACAGCAAACCAGUAACUCGAGCAGACACUAUUCGAGUAUGAAGCCAAAUACUGGCGGUAUACCCAAAUCGUCUUUGGAUAAACCAUACGGCGGGGGUAGCAAUACAAGUAGCAGUAUGAAUACUCAUCAUCAUUAUGGAACACAAACUCAAACCUCGAUCACAUCCCACCACCAUGCACAAAGUCAACAGCAACAACAACAACAGCAACAACAAAUGUCGGCUGGUGGUAGUGGUGGUAGUGCGGGCAACGCAGCACACAUACAACAAACUCACUAUCAAAUGCCUUCCUCGAACACAACUGGAACAAUGCAACAUGCUUCCUAUGGUCAUAGUACCCCAACGGUAUCGGCCCAACAACACCACCAUCACCAGCAACAACAGCAGCAAUCACAGCAACAGCAAAUUCAUCAUCAACAGGCAGUGCCUCAACAAAAUGAUUUGCAAGAUGAUUUAGUGGGUGGCGGGGUCGGUAGUGCUAACGAUAUCAUGCCAUCAUCACAGACGCAGCAUGUAUCGCACAGUGGUCACCAUCAGCACCCACGCAACAACAUAAGCGCAACGACGUCAUCUUUGGUUACUUCUGUUGGCGUAGGCAGUAAUGGUGGUGGUGGUGGUGUUGGCAGUGGGAUAGGCAAAGAACCACCCCAUUGGACCCAGUCGCGUCCUCGUCGUCGUAGACGCGACGACGAUAACAGUGGUAUGACGUACUCCCCCAGUAAUCGCGUUGGCGGUGGUGGGGGAGGCGGCGGUGCGCAAUCAUAUAAUGCAACACAUCAUUCACAACAGCAGUCUGGCGGCACCGGAGGCAGUGCAGGAGGUGGAGGUAUGUCAACAUCUGGCGGUGGUGGUCACCACCAUUCAAGCCGCAGCGGUGGUGAUAUGAGUAGUCAUCAUAAUUCACAUCGUGGAGAUAACGAACACCGUGGGAACUACAAAGGCAACAAUUACAAUCCACAUUAUAAUAGUGGCGGUGGUGGCAGUGGUGGCUCUCAUCACCAUUCGUCUUCAACAGCUAGCUCGUCCCAUCAUGGUCAUGGUCAUCAUCAUAAUAACACUGGCACAUCUUCAGGUACAUCUAAUCAACAACACUAUUCGUCUACGUCAACGCACCAUCCUAUGUCUUCUUCUUCUUCGCAUCAUUCAUAUCAUCACCAUUAUCAUCACAACAGUGAAGGACGUGUUGGUGGUGAUGGUAAUCGGAGCAUAGAAGGUCGUAACAGCAGUGGUGGCGGUGGUAGCGGUGGUGGUGGUGGUGGUGGUGGUUGUUGUGAUGAUAGUGAACCACCGCCGCCGCCACCGCUGCCACCACAAUUCGAUCUGGAAGCAGCCGCCUUUCCACCACUGCCAGCCACUUCAUCAUCGGUGACUGCUAAUAGUGUUGUAUCAACUGGUGGUUCUAAUAACAAGCAAACUGCCCAAACCAUGCAGCAAGUGAGUUCAAAUGAUGCUACAACAUCUGCCAAUAGCAUGAAUAUCAACAGCAAUAACCUUAACAGCAAUAAUAACAAUAGUGGCGACCAGCAGCAGCAACAACAACAACAUCAUCACCAUCAGCAACAACAGCAGCAGCAGCAGCAGCAGCAGCAGACACACGGACACCAACUGCAACAAUCAAAAAACGUUAAUAGUCAACCUUAUCAUCAUCAACAGGUGCAAACACAACAACAGCAACAACAUCAUCAUCAUCACCAUCAGCAGCAACAUCCACAACAGCACCAUCAGCAGCCACAUCACCAACAGAGCUCAAAUAGUAACAAUUCCUUGCAACAACAAACUAAUAGUUCCUCAGGCGGUGCAGUCACAUGUAUUUCGGGAAAUAGUAACGCCCCCAGUUGGUCUGAGAAUCGAUUAGCUGAUGUUGUGCGCAGUGGUGGAUUUGGAGCAGGAAAAAUUAAAUCACGUAAAGAUUCCAGCCACAAUAAUAAACAACAACAAACGCAAUAUAUUUAUCAACAGCAACCACAACAACAACGGGGUAGUACAGCUGUUAGUCCAAUUUCCAACAUGCCCACCAACACUAUAAUAACAAAUAAUGCACCCGCCAUAGAAAUCAUUAGCCAAGAUGAUCACAAACGUGAUCAAGGUGGCAUCAGUAAUAAUAUUAGCAACAAGUCGUUGAUAAAUAAGCAAAAUUCAAGUAGUAACAAUUCUGCAUCUGUGAUAAAGUGUGUAACACAUACAAUAAAUAAUAACAUAAUUAACAACAGCAAAACAAGCAACAAUGUUGCAGCAUCGUUUCAUGCCGGUAGUGACGUUGGCGCUGGCAAUGUCAAUCAUCCCAAUGAAAAAAUUAACAAGACUGAAGAAAUGAUGUAUACCGUGGAUAAUACUAAUAAUACAGUACCUACUGUUUUAACGGGUGGUUGUGGUGGUGUAGGUCAUAUUUUGAAAAACUACAGUGCCAGUACUGAGACAAGUAUGAAUGCUAAAGGUAAUAAUGCAGUUGCUCCAGCAACUGUAAGCUCUACCUGUAGUGUCGCCACAAUGACCACAAACCUUGCCGAAUGUAGUCUGAAUAAUCAUAAAAAACCACCCGCCAUUGCAGCUCUAAUUGCCAAAAAAGAAACGCCAAAAGAUGCUAGUAAGCAAAAAAAUGCCUCCACGUCAACCAGCUCAACUUCCACAGAGAAUUUGGCUGCUGUUGUUGUGAUGACACCGCCCACAAAUGCUAUAACUAAUACUUUAAAUGCCUGUAAUUCAUCGGCAGCUUCCAGACUGAGCUAUGCUCAAGUGGCUCAGCGUAAAGAUGAAAACGCAGCUGCUUCCACGCUGGCUACUCUAUCAUCACCUGUCGCUGUGAACAAAUAUGAAAUGGCCUCUCAACCCGCUCUUAACUGUAACAAAAAUGAUCAACUUAACACGGCCACUAUUGAAAAGAUUAUUAGCGCAAAUGCAACCGCAUCUACUGUAGGAAGUGGUACAAAUAGUAACGCCUCUGUGUCUGUGUCUGUGUCUACAUCGUCAAAUUUAGGAGCUGUGAGUAGUAGUGUCAGCAACAGCGUUACAUUGCGUACUGACAUUUCCAAAGAUAAAGAUGUAUCGUGUGAGAAUCGUCAGAGCACUGGAAGUAAUGCUAGUGUUGGUGGUAGUGUGAAUAGUAGUAGUAAUAAUGUUAUAACUGCAAAUGCCUGUUCAGUAACAACACGUAAUCGUGUUGAUGCCAAAGACUUUAAAGUUGGUCAUACACGCGAGCGUGUUGACACCAGUGAAAGCAGUAACAGUAGCUCUGCCAAUGGUGGGGGCAGUGCGCGAAAAACUAAUAGAACUAAUAAUACUAACUAAGGGAAGAAUUCGAUAAUUUGAUAUUCUCUCCACCCACUAUAAAAACAGGUCCUCAUUAUAUGACAUAUUUAGAUGAGAAAAGUGCAAAAGAAAAAAAAAAAAAAAAAAAAAAAAAAAAUAGCCGAAUUAAAACAAAUAUUGUAUAAAGUAGAUGAUGACAUAAAGCGAAAGAAUGAAUGUCGACGCAAAAGAAAAAAAAAAAA